AUGUAAGAAAAUGAGUUUGUUAUCUAAAUUUGUGUUCCCUCUUUUAAAAAGAAUGAUGAUGUUGUCUAAUAUCAAUUAAUGUAAGAAUUUUAUAAGAUUUUUAAACAUAGUUUCACAGAACUUAAUUAAAGAUGGACUUUUUAAGUAGAUUAUCGAUAUUCCCAUUUAAAAUUAUUGCAUGAAUCCUUACAGACUCUUAAAACGAGUUUGCCGAAGUUUCCUUCGUCUAAUUGGUGGAGAUCCACCAAUAACAAUGAAGAAUUAUUAGAAGAGAGAAGAAUACAGUUAGAUUAUUUCUUCAAAAAUCUCUUCUAAUGUUAAGGAGUAUGUAAAAGUUUGAUUAUGAAAAAUUUCAUUCUCAAAUCUCAAUGUUUAUAUCUAAAAAAGAUUGAUAAAGUAUUUAGAAUAUAUGUAAUAUAAGUAAUAACGUGAUAUCUUGAAAAAAGAAAGAAAAGCAUAAGCAGCAUCUUCUUUAAAUAAGUAAAAAUCUAAAUCUCAAGUAUGAAUAUUUAAAAAAGUAAAUAGUUGAUUACUCCUAUAUGUGGACCUGCUGAAGAUCCAAUAGAAGAUCCUCGUGAGAGAUCUUAUUCUUGGGAAUAUAAAUUAAAUUAAAAGAAAUCUCAAUAAAUGUUUGAAAGAAGUUCUAAUUAAAUAAGCAAUGUAAAUAAUCUAAUUCCAAUUUAUUAGUUAAAUAUUGGUGGAGUUCCCAUAUUCAAAGGUAUUCUAUUGAAAUUUAAAUGA